AUGCAGUUCAAAUCAUUUACAUGCGCGGCAUUGCCGCUUCUUGCAUCUCUGGGAGUUCCUGUUAGCGGAGCACCCAACGGAAGAGUUAUAAGAAAUGUCCAAAAAUACACUGGCCCAGGCCAAGUGGGUAACUUUAGCAAGAAUGUGUAUCAAACAGGCUUUGACGGCGUGACAUGGGACGAAGACAACUGGCUCCUCAGCACGACCAACUUGGAACAAGGUCGCUUUGAAACACGCGGAUCUGUUGCAAAUGGAUACCUAGGUAUCAAUGUUGCCAGCGCCGGUCCGUUCUUCGAGAUCGAUAGUCCCGAAGACACUAACGGAUGGCCACUUUUCUCUGCCCGCCAGUCCUUUGCGACAGUCAGUGGGUUCUUCAAUUCGCAGCCUAAUACCAAUGGCACCAACUUCCCGUGGCUGUCGCAGUAUGGCGGUGACAGUGUGAUCAGUGGUUUGCCUCACUGGUCGGGACUGAUUCUGGAUAUUGGCAAUAAUACAUACUUGGAUGCGAAGGUGGACAACAAGACUAUCUCCAACUUCCGAUCCACGUUCGACUUUAAGGCUGGUGUCUUGAUCUGGUCUUAUAAAUGGACACCAGAAGGCGACAAGGGCUCGUUCAAGAUUACGUACCGGCUUUUUGCUCAUAAGCUGUACAUCAAUCAGGCUGUGGUGGAUAUGGAGAUUGUCCCAUCUACAAAGUCUGAAGCCACCGUUGUGAAUGUGAUGGACGGAGCCUCUGCCACACGUACCGACUUUGUCGAGACUGGGGAAGACAACGGUGCUAUUUUCUCAGCCGUCAGACCGAACGGAAUCAGCAAUGUCACGGCUUAUAUUUACACCAAUAUGACUGGAUCGUCGAAUGUGGAUUUGUCUUCGCGCAAGGUUGUCUCCAACAAGCCAUAUAUUCACGCCAACCAAUCUUCCAUUGCGCAGGGUGUGACCGUGAAAUUCCAGCCGGGUAAAGCUGUACGCAUCACCAAGUUUGUCGGAGGUGCAUCGACCGAUGCUUUCAGCGACCCGAAGAAGACUGCCAAGGAGGCAGCUUCUACUGCGAUGAAAAAUGGCUAUGCCAAGUCUAUCAGUUCGCAUAUCAUGGAAUGGGCAAGUGUGAUGCCCGAAAACUCGGUUGAUCACUAUGCAUUCCCGAACGGAACACUCCCUGCAGACUCCAACAUCAUCGAUGACGCAGUCAUUGCCGUGGCCAACACAUACUAUUUGCUGCAGAAUACCGUCGGUAAAAACGCAAUCAAGCAAGCCUCGGGAGCACCAGUCAACGUGGACAGCAUUUCAGUUGGUGGCCUGACCUCGGAAUCUUAUGGUGGUCAGGUCUUCUGGGAUGCCGAUGUAUGGAUGCAGCCUGGCCUUGUUGCUUCUCAUCCCGAGGCCGCCCAGCGGUUCACGAACUUCCGUGCCGCCAAGUAUGAGCAGGCACAGGCGAACAUUGAGACCAAGUUCUCAGGGUCGCAGAACCAGACGGAAUUUUCAUCCUCGGCUGCCAUUUAUCCAUGGACUAGUGGUCGUUUUGGAAAUUGUACGGCGACUGGUCCUUGCUGGGAUUACCAGUAUCAUCUGAAUGGAGAUAUUGGUAUUUCGUUGAUUAACCAGUGGGUUGCCAGUGGUAACACACAGCUUUUCAAAGAGAAGCACUUCCCUAUUUAUGACUCUGUGGCCACUCUCUAUGCGGAUUUGCUGGUUCGAAAUGGCUCUUAUUGGACAAUGACUAAUAUGACUGAUCCUGAUGAGUAUGCAAAUCAUGUUGACGCGGGCGGCUUCACGAUGCCUCUCGUCGCAGAAACACUUCGAUACUCAAACUCAUUCCGCCAGCAAUUUGGACUUGAGGAGAAUGGAACCUGGGACCAGAUGGCUGAUAGCGUGCUGGUACUUCGUGAUAAUGAUGUGACUCUUGAAUUCACUACCAUGAAUGGCAGCGCCGUUGUUAAACAGGCUGAUGUGGUCAUGGUCACCUAUCCGCUGGAUUAUACUGCCAACUAUACCUCCCAGAACGCACUGGAUGAUCUGGAUUACUACGCCGCCAAACAGUCGGCUGAUGGCCCAGCAAUGACUUGGGCUAUCUUCUCAAUUGUUGCGAACAAGAUGUCUAUGUCCGGCUGCUCGGCUUAUACAUAUGCCCAGUAUUCAUACAAGCCUUAUACGCGUGCGCCAUUCUUCCAACUAUCGGAGCAAAUGGUAGACAAUGCCACGAUCAACGGCGGUACACAUCCAGCAUACCCCUUCUUGACCGGACACGGUGGUGCCAACCAGGUUUCCCUCUUCGGUUAUCUUGGAUUAAGACAGCUGCCCGAUGACAUCCUCCAUGUCGAUCCCAACUUGCCACCUCAGAUUCCCUACCUGAGAUACCGUGACUUCUAUUGGCACGGAUGGCCCAUCUCCGCUUGGUCGAACUAUACUCACACAACCAUCCGUCGUGCCAUUCGCACCGCGCCCCUUGAUACUGCGAACCCCAAAUUCGCCAACAGGACCAUUACCAUCAAUUCCGGUCCCGACACAGAUACCACCGUGUAUCAGCUCCCGAUCAAGGGCACAGUAGUCAUCCCGAACAGACAAGUCGCCUCCUCAAACACAGUAGCCGGCAACCUCGUCCAAUGCCAGCCCAUAAUUUCCACAGACGCAUUCGAGCCCGGCCAAUUCCCCCUCUCCGUAGCCGAUGGCGCAGCCUCCACAAAAUGGCAGCCCUCCCUCGCGGCCAACGUGAGCGCCGUGACAAUCUCCUUCCCAGACUCAAAAAUCGGCACUCCAGUCUCAGGCUUCUACUUCGACUGGGCCCAAGCACCACCAGUCAACGCAACCGUCAUCUUCCACAACAAGACUCUCCAAGAUCCCACCUUGGCCCUCCGUUCAAUCAACAGCUCCGACUACGCAGUCGUCUCCACCUUGACAGACAUCACACAGUCCCACCCGUACACCUCGACCACGGACCUGGACACAAUUGCCAUUCCCACGGGCAACUCAACAAACGUCACACUCUCAUCGCCUGUCCCCGCGACCAGAUACGCGUCUCUCCUCAUCAUCGGCAACCAGGGACUCGACCCCAUCGAUGUGGAAGCCAAGAAUGGAACCGGUGCCACUGUUGCCGAGUGGGCUAUUAUCGGACAAGACAGGCAGAGCGAUACUUCCAGUUCUAGCUCUCAGCCUACUAAGAGAAAGAUGGAUCUGCGUGAUGCUUCUGCUCUCGCGGAUAUUGACUCGUUUGUUCGUCGGAAGCGACAGCUUCUUUCUUUGAAGAAAGGCAGGGCCGGUUGA